AUGUGUGAGACUGUACCUACCCUUCCACUUGUUGUUCUCCUGCUUCUCCAUAAUACCUACACACAGGGCGGACCCCCCAAAUCCCCUUCGAAAACAACCCAAACAGGAAAGGCCAGGACGCGUCCCUUGGUCUCCUGGGAAGGACGUGAGGACGUAUUCCUACGCAGUGGGUGGCUUGGAGAAUUUUGGCAAUCUGUCAUUGGGUGGAUGAACGAAAAGCGGCGAAUCACGACCACGCUACCCCUUGCUCCUGGGCGACUGGAAAUGCUCGCCGCGCUCAGAAUGCCACGAGUGCCUCCUUCCUGUGUGCCUGGUGUCCCGAAUGAGGAAGCCCCAAGGGAUUCGGGAAACAACAAAAACACAACCAUAACAUUCAAUCCACCACUUACCGUGCCGCUAGCAGCACGCUCAACAUGGUCAUCUCAAUUCUUGUACAUGCAGAGAACAACACCGUUACCUGCAACCGCCAUUCCCACGCGGCACCGGGCAGAGGUCCGGGCACUGUCAGAUGAGAAAGAUGGGAUGCUCGAGCUUCAAACCAAAAACCCAAAGACCCAAAGAUGCAACACCGCUUCGGAGACUUGUUCAACGCGCAACGUCGAUCCAUCGCGCGUCAAACAAACGUCCAAGGAGGCGGAAACGAAACACCUCAACGUUCGCGCUCCAAAGCUCGCCCGGGCUAGGUUAUCUGACCUCACACUACCGAGUCUUCACGGUAGCCGUACGCCUCUUCAGCCUCCCUCGCCAGAGGACCCUUACGCUUGGUACACGACAGCACUGGACGCAAGCCAGUUCUUCGGGAUUGAUGCACACACCCACACCCAAACCUACUGGGCUCCAGAGUCCUACUACGUACACGAUGGGACGAAAUGCAGAUUCUCCGGCUCGACCAAUGUCAUCAGCCCAUCACCAGAUCCCACCAAGGAACGCAUGUAUACUACCUACUUAGAUUCUUUCGCACUUUUCUGGACCGUCUCUGGAUUCACCAGCUAG